AUGGCGCCUUUGAGGACUUUGGCUGCAUUUGCAGUAGCAUUGACGCUGCAGGCUCAGUAUGCUGGUGUUUGGGGAAAUGCCGAUACUCUUUACAUUUACACAUCCGAUAAUUUGGCUGGUAUCUCAGCUUCCGAGGAUUGUGUCAAUGCUAUGGCCAGCAAUGCCUCGUGCUAUGCAGGCUUGAGCCAGGCAGUCACUGACACGACAUCAUGGUCAACCAGUGCACUUUCAGAAAUUUGCACUACUGAUUGCUUCUCCGCUUUGUCCAGCUAUUUAUCCUCUGUGAACGAAGCUUGCGGCGCAAAUACUCAGUACAACAUUUCUGGCAUCUCGCAAACUGCCUCUGAUAGGGGAAAGGAAAUACAAUGGCAUUAUAAUGCGACCUGCUCGACUGAUGUUUCUUCGGGCAUCUAUUGCAACACUCUCUUUCAGGAUGCAAUCGCAAAUGGCACCACGGAUGUCAAAUGUAGCGAAUGCUAUUUGAACUACAUUUCAACUAUAGUCAACUCCCAAUGGGGUCAGGAUACUUUUCUCAGUCCUUCUGCUCUGGAGAGACAAGUAUCUUCUUGCUCCACAAGCGGAUACUCUGUGACAUAUACAGCGACAUCCACUUCCUCUUCUACGGCCUCUGCCUCUGCUACUCUUGCUGCUAGUCGCUGCAAUACGACUGACCCCGAUCAAACUGUUUACGAGGUCGAAUCUGGAGAUACCUGUGUUGUUAUUUCAGCAGCUCAAAAUGUCUCUACCAUGGCCUUGAUCAACUUGAACAGCCUUGAUAUGGGAUGCACACAUAUCGUUGCUGGGGCAGAAAUCUGCCUUCCUGAUACGCUGGUUCUGAAACCCGCAACCACAGCUGUCUCUGUUCCCACCGACGCGGUUACUACCUCCAACACCAACUGCGGUCACUGGUAUCAGAUCCAAGAUGGCGAUACCUGCCAGGCUGUAGGCAGCAAGUUCAGCAUCUCACAAUAUGAUUUCGAUUUCCUAAACCCCCAGGCCGCAUUGAAUACGACCUCAGCCUGUGGCAGUCUGUGGAAAGGGAACAGCUACUGCGUACAAGCAGUGGCUAACAUCAACACCUACACCAGCUACACAUCCAACAGCAGCAGAACUCAUACAACUCUCGCUAGCACCAUCAAUCCCAAUGCUACCCGGACAGCAAACCAUAGCACCACACACUUGUUCUGGUCAUAUCCCUCCGACCUAACCACCACUUCAGCCUGGAUAUCUGAUUCCGCAUGGCUUGCAUCUCUGUCAGCCUACACGCUCUGUGACCAGGUAAACUCAGUGUACAACAUCACCGACGACGAUUUAACAGACGAUAUGUGGGCAGAUGAAGCCUGGCUGGAAGAAUAUGAGCGCGUCUGCAAUCUUCCUAUCAACGACACCUUCCCAACAGUUGGAUUCAACUUCAGCAUCACACUGACAGAUGACGGGGGUGUUGGAAGCUCUACGUUGUUUACUUCUAGUCAAACAGCUAGCCCUCACGCAUCGUCUACGGCCACUACUGCAACUUCUACUACCACGGCUGCAACUCCAACAAGUACCAUCUCGGAGAAUGGUCUGUGUGGUCCGGACAACUCGGACUGGACUUGUCUCAGAUCUCAGUUUGGUGAUUGCUGCAGUAACUACGGCUAUUGUGGUAGCUCGUCGGUGUUCCAGUGUAAAUUGUAA